AUGGCCUUCCCCCAUCCGCGGGGCAUCAUCCCGUCCGAGAUCGCCUUUCUCGCGGAGAUGGAGAUGGUGACCGUGGUGCCUCGGCAGCGCCUGGAGGGCCUCGAGUUACUCGGGGGCCCCAUCGAGCCGCUCGUCCCACCCCGACGCGCCUCUCUCCCGCUCUGGCUCGCCCUCCUCCUCAAACGCCAACGCCGCGCCAACAUCAUCCCACCUGCAUGGCUACACCCUGAUCCCUUGGGUCUGAUCCUCGAAGUCGAGUCCCAGCACCAAGACUACAAGAACGCGUUCUCGCCGCCUCCCCCGCUGCCGGGCCAACCUAGCGUGCACGAUCGGGCCGCGCUGGAACCCAUUGCUCGGCCGCAGUAUACCCCCGACGGAGACAGAUACUACCCGUCGCCGCCUUUUCUGGCCCAGAACACGGCGCAAGCGAGCACGUCUGCGCGGGAUAUGCCCGCGUUGCCGUUUCAUUGGGUCGAGGUUGGGAAUAUGCUCCUCGACGCAGCGAGUGAUGAUCUCGUGGAUCCGGAUCAAACCCGGAGGUUGUUGAAGGAUCUGCGCGAGGUGCGCAUGGCUAAGAUGAGGUCUGGGGUUGAUGUUUUGGAUGCGGCUGCUACCGGUGGUGGAGGCGUUGCGCUUACGGGUGUCGGGGCUAUGGAGGUGGCAGAGGAGAGAGGGUUUGUGGCUGGAGUGGUGAAUGGUCUUCGGAAAAUCGGAGCGUCGAAAGAACAAGCCCGUAGGGAGCAGAUGGCGGAGCAGAGAGCCAACGGUGGCUACGAUGGUACUCAAGACGACGAGGAGGAGGAUUACAUGGAGUUCUAG